GGAGAAAUCCUGGAUACCUGUACCACUAACUAUGACCAAUUGGGGAUUCCAGGUCCUGCUUCUCCUCUGGGAGCCCAUCCUCUGGAAGAACUUGAAGAUCAGCGCUUAGCAGUUAUUGAAGACACUUCUCCGGCUGUCCCCCUGCCAAGAUCUAUGGAGGAAAAAUUGGAAAACAUGAGGGGAAAAGAAGCUGCUGAAAUAGAUGAAGAAUUUGUUACAUUAUUAGUGAAAGAAACAGAAGCAAGAUUUCCAGAUGUAGCCAAAGGAUAUGUUAAGGAGGUCAUUCAUUUGAGGGAUUACUAUGAUUUGAAUGUACUUUGUAAUUUUCUUUUGGAAAACCCUGAUUAUCCAAAGAGAGAAGAGAGAGUUAUUAUGUACCCCAGUAGCAGCCUGCUUCCCAGCCAGGAUGAUGUGAAAUUGCCAAAAGUAGACUUUUUUGACUAUUUCAAACUGACUCCACUUAACCAGCAAUGCUUCAUCCAAGCUGCUGACCUCUUGAUGGCUGAAUUCCAGAUGCUCAGCAGCGAAGACAUCAACUGGGCCCUACAGGAGCUCAAAGGACACUAUGCAAUCACCCGAAAGGCCCUUUCUGAUGCUGUCAAAUUAUGGCAGGAACGAUCAACUGAAGCCAGUGGAAAACAGAAAAAGAGGAAAGAAAUGCAUGAAGAUUCUUUCAUAGAUUUCAAAUUUCAACAAGGUAACAUAAAAAUAGAAAAGAGGAUGUUCCUUUUGGAAAACAAGCGUCAACACGGUAGAUCCUAUGACCAGAAAGACCUCCAUCCAGCUGUUCAGCAAGAACAAGAAUUCUAUGAACAGAAAAUGAAAGAGAUGGCAGAGCGUGAAGACUUUUUGCUUGCCCUGCAGAUGAACAGAGAAGAAUAUCAAAAAGAAGGACAGCUGAUUGAGUGUGGAUGCUGCUAUGGGGAAUUUCCAUUUGAGGAGCUGACACAGUGUUCUGAUGCCCACUUAUUCUGCAAAGAGUGUCUCAUUAGAUAUGCCCAAGAGACAGUGUUCGGGUCAGGAAAGUCAGAACUCACCUGCAUGGAGGGCAACUGCACAUGUUCUUUCCCAACCAGUGAGCUGGAGAAGGUGCUCCCCCAGACCAUUCUGUGCAAAUACCAUGAACGCAGGGCUGAAGAAGACAUCACUGCAGCCUGUGCUGAUGAGCUGCUCAGAUGCCCCUCCUGUAACUUCCCCGCUCUGUUGGACAGGGAGGUGAAGACGUUCAGCUGCCCUAAUCCUGGCUGCCAGAAGGAGACCUGUAGGAAAUGUCAGGGACUCUGGAAAGAGCAUACGGGCCUCACCUGUGAAGAGCUGGCCGAAAAGGAUGAAAUCAAGUACAGGGCAUCAGUUGAAGAAAAAAUGACUGCUGCUCUCAUUAGAAAAUGCCACCAGUGUGGGGCCGGCCUCCUCAAAUCCGAAGGCUGCAACCACAAGCCCUGCCGCUGUGGUGCCCAUAUGUGCUACCUCUGUCGAGUUUCUAUCAAUGGCUAUGACCACUUCUGCCAGCAUCCUCGCUUUCUAGGAGCCUCUUGCCAGGAGUGUUCCAGGUGCUCCCUCUGGACCGACCCCACCGAAGACGAUGAAAAGCUGAUUGAGGAAAUCCAAAAGCAGGCUGCAGAGGAACAAAAAAGGAAGAAUGGCGAAACCACAUUCAAACACAUCGGGCCCCCACUGGAGAAACCAGCCAGCAAAGUACAGCACGUGGAAGGCCAGCCAUGGCCUGUCCCAGAGAACCCGUUCCCACAGAUACCACCCUAUUUCUUUGUUCUUCCAAAUUUCCUCCUACCACAUGGGUGGCCCAUGUUUAACAACUUACCCAUCAAUGCACAUCCUAGGCCAGCAGCCUACAUACCACCCCUGCCCAACUACGGCUUUGGAAACAUGCAUGUGCCCUUGGAUGGUGGUGAUGGUGAUGAUGAUGGUAGCGGUAAUGACGGUGACGGUGAUCAUGAUAGGAGAGAUGAUGAUGAGGAGGAGGAGGAUGGAGAUGGUGGUUACCGUGGUGAUGGUGAUGAUGGAGAUGGUGGUUACCGUGGUGAUG